AUGGCUGACAACCUCCGAGAAGAUGCGCAAGACGCCUCACUUCUAGAGCUGGAAGAAAAGGCUCAAAGCAGUGCUUCGAAAGGAAGGGGUGAUAGAGGACGGGGAAAGGGUCGAGGUGGUGGUGGAGGUGGACAGGGAAGGGAGGUUCAGGUAUCAAAGGCCUUGUCGAAGCUAUUGAGACAUCAAGCUGGGAACGCGGGUAUCCAGCUUGACGAUGAAGGGUUUGCACCUCUAAGUUCAGUGCUUGCAUGGGGUCCCUUGCGCUCUCUCAAAGUCACCUUGGAUGAUGUGCAAUCCAUAGUCACCUCCAACGACAAGCAGCGCUUCACUCUCAAACCGAACCCUAGCACAAACCCAUCCCUAUCAACCACAUCAACUUCACCUGAGGACUACCUCAUCCGCGCCAACCAGGGUCACUCAAUCAAGCUCGAGUCAGCGGCUCUAUUGGCACCCAUCACCAUCGAAGCCGGAAACGUGCCUGACCGCGUCCUGCACGGCACCUUCUUUUACUUUUGGCCAAAAAUCGUUGAGACGGGGGGUUUGAAGCCCAUGAACCGCAACCAUGUGCAUUGCUCAACAGGAACUCCCGAGGAGGGUGUAGUGAGCGGCAUGCGCAAGGACGCCGAGUUGGUCAUCGAGAUCGACAUCGAGGCGAGCCUGAAGGAGGGCGUCAAGUGGUGGAUGAGCGACAACGGCGUACUGCUGACCGAGGGCGACGAGCAGGGUAUCCUGAGCUCCAAGUUCUUCAAGCUGGCGACGGGUCGGACUGUUGAUGUUGGCGUGCUUUGGCAAGAUGGAGAACAUGUUGCUGAUCUUCCUAGCGGGUUGAAGAUCAGACCUCCUUUUAACAAGGGUCCUCGUGGUGGUGGAAGGGGAGGAAGGGGAGGGAGACGGGGUGGCUCUUGA